AUGCUGCAGACGCAGCACCGGCGCAGCACCGAGCGCAGCGGCGAUGAGCGCAGCGGCGAUGAGCGCAUCACCGAGCGCAGCGGCGAUGAGCGCAGCAGCGAGGAGCGCAGCACCGAUCGCAGCGGCGAGGAGCGCAGCAGCGAGGAGCGCAGCACCGGGCGCAGCAUCGAGCGCAGCGGCGAGGAGCGCAGCAGCGAGGAGCGCAGCACCGGGCGCAGCGGCGAGGAGCGCAGCAGCGAGGAGCGCAGCACCGGGCGCAGCACCGAGCGCAGCAGCGAGGAGCGCAGCACCGGGCGCAGCAUCGAGCGCAGCGGCGAGGAGCGCAGCACCGAGCGCAGCAGCGAGGAGCGCAGCCGCCGCGGCGCUGCUGCUGGUGCCACCUGCGAGAGGCAAAGCAUUGUGGAGUGGAGAGCGGAACCGAGGGCUGAGGUCGUCAGGUGGACACCCAGGGGGAACAUCUGCUCAGACUUGUACGGCGAGUGCUGGAGCGCGGCCGGGAGCGCUGCCGGCGGGGCCGCGGCCGGGCCGAGCGUGCCGCAGCUGUGCCCCGUGCAGCUGCAGCUGGGCGACAGCCUCCUGUUCUCCUGCGAGCCGGCGCCCGCCGCCCGCCGCAUCCACCUGCUCAGCGUCUCCGAGGAGGAGUUCCUGCGCUGCCCGCAGGCCGAGCCGCCGCCGCCGGGGUCCGCCUGCCCGGUGGACGGCCCGCAGCGGGCGGGCGCCGGGCGGCUGCGGGCGGGCAGCCACUACUGGGCGGCGCUGCCGCGGGCCGGCCCCGCGCUGUGCCCCCGCGGGCUGCGGCUGAACGUGACGGUGCGGGCGCAGCGCUGCCGGCGCGCCCCGGGCCAGCCGCUGUGCUCCGGGCACGGCCGCUGCCUCAGCCGCCUCUGGGACACGGAGUUCCGCUGCCGCUGCGCCGCGCACUACUCGGGCAGCUUCUGCCACCGCUUCCGCGGAUGCUCCACCAGGCCCUGCCGCAACGGCGGCUCCUGCGCGCAGCGCCCCGGGGCCGCCGGCGGCGCCUACCAGUGCAGCUGCCCGCCGGGCUUCGCAGGUCAGAAUUGCACAGAAGUGGUUGGACAGUGCCAGCCCCUGGCAUGUCUCAACGGUAACUGCACCAACGUUACCCCCAACACCUUCCUCUGUGAGUGCGAGAAGGGCUUCACAGGUGCCCUGUGCGAGGAGCCUGCUGACCCCUGUGCCUCUCAGCCCUGCCCCCGGGGCAGCACCUGCCGGCAGCUCCGGGCUGGCUACGCCUGUGCUUGCCCUGCCGCUGUCCUAGGGCACCACUGUGGAACUGCUCUCCGUGGAUGCUCCUCACAGCCGUGUCAGAACGGAGGGACCUGCACUGACCUGCCCCACGACGUGGCUUGCCUCUGUCUGCCAGUAUUCACUGGCAAGUUCUGUGAGACAGUGCUGGACCCCUGUGAGAUGUCACCUUGCCUGAACAAUGCAACCUGUGUGGCGCAGCAGCAGAGCUACACCUGCAGUACUCCAAAAAUAUUUAGAGCAUUCGAAGAGGCAGAAACUGACCUGGAGCCACUGACCUCAGCUCCUUGUGCUGACAACCUGUACCUGCUGGAAGGCAGCACCACGGAGGAGGACCUGGCAGUGCUGGGGGGCAGUAAGCCCCCCAUGGGACAGCAAUGUGCCCUCGUGGCCAAGAAAGCUGAUGGGGGGCAUGAGGGAGAGUAUGGCAGCAGCUGCGCGCCAGGCUUCCCCGGGAGGCGCUGCGAGGAGCCCACCGACUGCUGCGGGCGGCCGGGCGCCGGCUGUGCCAGCCCAGCGCUGUGUCCCGGCGCUGCCGACGGAGUCACCUGCCUCUGCGUGCCUGGGUGGACAGGGCAGUUGUGCCAGCCUGCUGCAAAUGCCUGUGUGAUUCACCCCAGUCCUUGUCCUGAUGGGGCCACUUGCAUCAACGGGAGCCAGCUGGGAGAACAGCCUCUGCUGCAGUGCCUCUGCCCUCACAACGGCACAGGCUCUGGAGGUGAGAGAUGUCAGCUGGCAACUGGCAGCUGUGCCCCAGGAGCAGUCUGCGUGGAUACCUCUCAGGGAUUUAACUACACCUGCCUGGCACCGUGCUCUGCAAACACAGAGGUGUGUGCCAGCGGAGGGAGCUGCUCCUCUGAGGCAGCAGAUCAGAGAGCUCUGUGUGUCUGUGCUCGUGGCCGGGCAGGACGGAGGUGCCUGGAGGACAACGAUGACUGUGCAGAGCACCAGUGCCAGCAGGGAGCCACCUGUGAAGAUGGCAUUACCGAAUACAGGUGCAUCUGCCCUCUUGGUUACACUGGCAGGUUCUGCCAGCUGCCUGCAGACAGCUGCCUCGGGAACCAGUGCUCUGAGCACGGCGUCUGCCAGCAGCAGCUGGGCAGCUACAGCUGCAGCUGCGCCCCUGGCUACGAGGGACCCUUCUGUGAGGAUGAGGUGGAUGAGUGCUCAAGUUCCCCCUGCCACAACGGAGCUGCCUGUGUGGACCUGGUUGGGCGCUUCUCGUGUCAUUGUGCUGCUGGCUUCAAAGGGUUUGAAGGUCUGAAAUGUGAAAUCAACUUUGAUGAGUGCACCUUUGGCUUCUGCAAGGGCAACUCCACCUGCCUGGACCUGGUGGCAGACUACAGCUGUGUUUGUCCUCCAGGCUUCACUGACAAAAACUGCUCCACUCCUCUUCAGGACUGCUCCUUCCAGCCCUGCCAAAAUGGAGGCCAUUGCCAGCAGCUGAAUGGUGAAUCCUACUGCAGCUGUUUGCCAGGCUUCACCGGGCAGCUGUGUGAAGCUCCUCUGGCUGCCUGCCUGGCCCAGCCCUGCGGCGCCUCCAGCAUCUGCAGAGACACUCCGGGUGGCUAUGCCUGCUUCUGUGCCCCUGGCUACAUAGGCAAUAAGUGUGAGAUUGAGGUGAAUGAGUGUCUCAGUGACCCUUGUCACCAUGGAGCUACUUGUGUGGAUCAUCUGAAUGCCUUCAGCUGUCUCUGCCAGCCUGGAUUUGAAGGCCCGAGGUGUGAAGCAGAUAUCAACGAGUGCCUCUCCACUCCCUGCCUCCACAACUCAUCCUGCGCAGAUCUCCUCGGCGCCUACCAAUGCCUCUGCCCCCCUGGCUUCACCGGUGCGAGGUGUGAGGUGGACCUGGACGAGUGUGCUUCCUUUCCCUGCAAGAAUGGAGCCACCUGCCUUGACCACCCUGGCAGCUACUCCUGCCAGUGCCUGGCUCCCUUCAAAGGUGUGCGGUGCCAGCUGGGGGCCUGCGAGGGCAGCAGCCCCUGUGAGAACGGCGCCGUGUGCCAGGAGGAGGCCGACCUGGAGGCCUUCCCCCUGGGCUUCCAGUGCCGCUGCGCCAGGGGCUUCGCGGGGCCGCGCUGCGAGACCAACGUGGACGAGUGCAGCUCGGAGCCCUGCCUGCACGGCUACUGCUACGACAUUGUGGAUGGCUUCUACUGCCUGUGCAACCCAGGCUAUGCAGGCCUGACCUGCGAGCAGGACGUGGACGACUGCAUCCUCAACGCCUGCCAGCACCACUCCACCUGCGUGGACCUACACCUGAGCUACCAAUGCCUCUGCCCCCCGGGCUGGGCAGGGAGGUUCUGCGAGCUGGAGGCUGACGAGUGCGCCUCGGAGCCCUGCCGGAACGGCGGCAGCUGCACAGACCUCUUCAACAGCUACCGCUGCUCUUGUGCACCAGGCUGGGCAGGCCCAGACUGCAGCGAGGAUGUGAAUGAGUGCGAGUCUGAGCCGUGCCUGAACGGAGCCACCUGCCACGAGUCCACCCAGCAGGGGCAGUUUGUCUGCAUCUGUCCCCCCUUCUACACUGGAGCCUUCUGCCAGCAGCGCUUCAGUCCCUGUCAGCUGCCUCACAACCCCUGCAGGAACAACUCCACCUGCCUGGCACAGGCUGAUGGCAGCCCAGUGUGCAUCUGCAGGGCAGGCUUUGAGGGGCCCCACUGUGAAGUGAACAGCGAUGAGUGCAUGUCCCAGCCCUGCCAGAACGAGGGGCUGUGCGCCGACGGGGUGAACCGCUUCAGGUGCACCUGCCAGCAUGGCUUUACUGGGACACUCUGCGAGGUGGAGAUCAACGAGUGCCUGUCCAGACCCUGCAGAAACAAUGGCACCUGCCUGGAUCUCAUAAACAGGUUCAUCUGCAGCUGUGCACCUGGCUACUAUGGGUCCCUGUGUGAGAUGGAUGUCAACGAGUGUGAGGCUGUGCCCUGCUUGCAUGGAGGAAGCUGCAUCAACACGCUGGGAGGCUAUGGGUGCCUCUGUGCCCCUGGGUUCACAGGUGCCAGGUGUGAGGUCGACAUAGAUGAGUGCCUGUCAGGCCCCUGCCUCAACGGCGCCAGCUGCAUCGAUGCCAUCGGUGCCUACAGGUGUCACUGCAGGAGGGGCUUUGGUGGAGCAAACUGUGAGACCAACAUCGACGACUGCUGGCCUGAUCCCUGCCUCCAUGGAAGCUGCACAGAUCUGGUCGGUGGAUAUCUCUGCUCCUGUGAGCCAGGAUGGACCAGCUCCAGAUGUGAGACAAAUAUAAAUGAAUGUGAGUCUGCUCCCUGCAUGAAUGGAGGCUCUUGCCAAGAUGCCCUCAACGCCUUCCUCUGCACGUGCCCAGGUGGCUACACUGGCAGGCUCUGUGAAGUGGAUGUUGAUGUCUGCAGUGAGCCCCUGGGCACAGCUCUCUGCUCCAAUGGAGGUGUCUGCGUGGAUGGACCUGGAGGAGCUUUCCACUGCAGGUGCCUUGCUGGCUUCUCUGGGCAGUUCUGCGAGCUGGAGCUGGACGAGUGCAGCUCCUCCCCGUGCCUGCACGGCUCAGCCUGCCAGGACCACCUCAGCGGCUACAGCUGCCACUGCCAGCCAGGGUGGGAAGGCCUCCACUGUGAGCUGGAUGUUGAUGAGUGCCUCUCCAACCCUUGCAUCCAUGGCAUCUGUGUGCAGAAGGAUCCCACCUUUGGCUAUUCCUGCUUUUGUAAGCCAGGAUUUGUGGGCCGCAGCUGUGAGCUGAACUACGACGACUGCCUGGUGCAGUCCUGCUCCCCUGGCCUCCUCUGCGUGGAUGGACUCAACAGCGUCAGCUGCCUGCCCGCCCCCGCCCCGGCCCGCCCAGCUGCCCCCCAGCAGCCUGCGGGCUUGCACAGCCACCUCCCAGCCCUGCCCCUGCAGCCUGCGGCUGGAGAGGCUCCUGCAGGCACUGCUGCGGCAGAGGAGCCCCAAGACUUCAGCCACGCUCACUACCGUGGGGACUCCUACCUGCAGUUCCAAGGCUGGCAGCUGAGCGUGAAGAACUUCAUCCACUUGGAAUUCAUGACCCACAGUCCCCAGGGACUCCUGCUGUAUGUUGCACAGAGCCCAGGAGGAGGCUUUUCAAUGCAGCUGUUCCUCCAGCAGGGCACCCUGCAGUAUCAGUUCCUCUGUGGCGAGGCAGCAGAGCUCAGAAGCGUCACUGCAGCUGCUGGCGUGGCCGAGGGGCGCUGGAACCAGGUGCACAUCAGGCAGAGCCUGGCACCCUGCGAGGCAGAGCUGGCAGUCCAAGCGCUGCCAGGAGAAGCAAGGAGACCCCAGCAGGACCAGAGCACUUCCUCCUGGCAUGGCACAGGGCCCAUCUUUGUAGGGGGGCUGCCCUGGCACCACGCAGCAGUGCAGAGGCCUGGCCCUGUCUACAAUUUCACUGGCUGCAUACAGCUGGCUCAGGUCAACAGCCUGGGGCCUUUCAGCUUCUCCAGUGCUGAGGGAAGACACAAUGUUGACAAAUGCAGGACUCCUGUACCCAGCCCUCAGCCAGCAGCGCUCCCUUUGGUUUCUCCUGAUGUGCCUGGCUUGCCUGAGCCGGUUGUGCUCUCUCAGAUGUCCUCCCCGUUGCCCUCUGCAUGCCAGGAGGGCUUGUGCCAUAACGGAGGCACUUGUCAGGCUCUGUCUCUGCCCACGGGGGCCAGCUCCUUCGAGUGUCACUGCCCCCUGCACUUCAGCGGCCGCUUCUGCCAGACAGACACGGCGCUGUUCUUCCCGUCCUUCACUGGAGAUUCUUACCUGGAGCUGCCUUCCCUGAGCCCUGCAGCAGGGCAGGACCUGGUGACGACUCUGCACCUGACAGUGACCACCACAGCCGCAGCUGGCACCAUUCUCUACGCUGGUGAAAGGAGUUCUGCAGAGCAGUUCCUUCACCUGUACCUGGUGGAGGGCAGGCCAACGGCUCGGCUCAGCUGUGGGAGCUCCCAGAACAUCCUGACUGUGUCCCUCAACCAGUCCAUCAGCCAGGGCAGGCUCAUCCCCAUCACCCUCAGCUACACGUUGCCUGGGAGCAGCCCCGGAGGCUCCUGCAUGGUUGAAGUGGCUGCAGGUGGAAGCCCUCCCUUGCAGCACAAACUGUCCCUGCCCUACCAAACACCUCAGGUCCCUUUUGGAUCCAUCUUCCUCGGAGGUGUUCCUGCUCCCGCAGGGGUUCACAGAUGUGCUGGAGAGAUCCAUGGCUUCAAAGGCUGCAUCAGGGAUUUCCAAGUCAACAGCCGGGAGCUGUUCCUCAUAGACGAGGCCCUGGGGGGCAGGAACGUGGAGAACUGCAACGUCCCAGUCUGUGACUAUCAGCCCUGUCGUAACGGGGGGACCUGCACCAGUGAUGCAGAGAAUUGGUUCUGUGAAUGCCCCAAGCUCUACUCUGGAAAGCUCUGCCAGUUUGCCACCUGUGCUGGCAACCCCUGUGGGCACGGUGCCACGUGUGUUCCAAAGUCCAGCAGAGAUGCUGUCUGCCUGUGCCCCUAUGGAAGAUCUGGCAUCCUCUGCACCGAUGCUGUCUCCAUCAGCCAGCCAAGUUUCAGUGGCACAGAUGCCUUUGGCUACACCUCCUUCCUCGCUUACUCCACCAUCCCAAACAUCUCUUUCUCCCACGAGUUCCUCCUGAAGUUCCAGCUGGCCAACCACCACUCAGCUCUGCAAGACAACCUGAUCUUUUUCACUGGACAGAAGGGUCAAGGUCUGAAUGGAGAUGAUUUCCUGGAGCUGGGGCUGCGCAGGGGCAGAGUGGUGUACAGCUACAACCUGGGCUCUGGCACAGCAACCAUCAGCAGCGAGCCGCUGGAUCUGAGCCUGCGUCUGCACGUGGUGCGCCUGGGCAGGCGCCUGCGGGAGGGCUGGCUGAAGGUGGAUGAGCAGCAGAACAGGAGCAUCACUGCCCCUGGGAGGCUGGUUGGACUCAACGUCUUCAGCCAGUUUUACUUAGGAGGCUAUGGGGAGUACACUCCAGAGCUGCUGCCCAGGGGCCUGCGCUUCCGCAGCAGCUUUGAAGGGUGCAUUUUCGAUGUGCAAGUCCGCAGCAGCAUGCAGCAGGAAUUCCGCGGGCCAGGGGCUCCGGCAGGGCAGCCCAGCUCCGGCCGCAGCGUUGGGCAGUGCAGAGACUCCCCCUGCAGCCUGAUCAGAUGCAGGAACGGGGGCGAGUGCAGAGCCAGGGGAGCCACUGUCUACUGUGACUGCCUCCCUGGAUGGAAAGGAGCCUUCUGCACAGAAGCAGUGUCCGUGUGUGAUCCCGAGCACGACCCUCCACACCGCUGUACACAAGGGGGCACCUGCGUGCCACUGCCCGGCGGCUAUACCUGCCGCUGCCCUCUGGGCACCGCAGGGGCCUACUGUGAACAAGCUAUCUCCAUCACUGAUGCAUCCUUCAGGAGCAACGACGACUCCUGGAUGUCCUUUGCACCCUCCCACAUCCGCCACAAGACCCACAUCAGACUCCAGUUCCAGCCCCUGGCUGCAGAUGGGAUCCUGUUCUACACUGCGCAGCGUCUGGGCGCGCGGGCAGGUGACUUCCUCUGCAUAUCGCUGGUGAGGGCAUUCGUGCAGCUCCGAUACAACUUGGGGGACAGGACCAUCACCCUGCAGAGCUUCCAGCAGGUCUCCACGGCUGGGCACGGGUGGCAUUUGCUGCGGGCAGGGAGGGUUGGCAACGAAGGCUACCUAGAGCUGGAUGGCAUCAACAUCACGCAAGCAGCUCAGCCCGGGAUGAAGGCACUGGACGCGCAGACGGAGUUCUUUGUCGGGGGAGUGUCCUCCCCGCAGCUCGUUCACCCCCUGGCAGCGGGAGGCGACCCCUCGGGCUUCAGCGGCUGCGUCAGGGAAGCUGCCAUCAACGGCAGGGAGCUGCGGCUGAGCGCCGGCGGGGCCAGCGGCGGGGCCAACGUGGGCGACUGCGACGGCACCGCCUGCGGCUACGGCGUCUGCAGCAACAACGGCACCUGCCACCCGCGGCCCCGAGGCUUCUCCUGCGCCUGCCCGCACCCCUGGGCGGGCGCCAGCUGCCAGGAGUCCGUCCACUGCCAGCGCAACAAGUGCGGGCCACAAGCCCUCUGCGUUCCUCAGCCGGCUGCCGCCUCCUACAGCUGUGCCUGCUCCCUGGGCUGGGCAGGGAGGUUCUGCCAGCGCAGGGUCACCUUCUUCAUAGCAGAGUUCACCGGCAGCUCCUACAUCAAGUACAGAGACCCUCUCUACCCGAAGAGGGACCUGCAGCAGAGCCGCCUCUCCCUCAACUUCAGCACCAGCCAGCCCGAGGGGCUGCUGGCCUGGAUGGGAGAAGGGGAGGACGAGGACGACGACUUCCUGGCCAUCGGCCUGGCCGGGGGCAGGCUGAAGGUGGUGGUGAACCUCGGGGAGAGGAUCUCCGUCCCUCUCACCCACAGCCACCUGCCCCCCUGCUGCGACCAAAGGUGGCAUCUCGUCACUGUGCUGCAGAACCAGACCUGCAUCAAGGUCUACCUGGACGAGGAGCUGGUGGUGUUCGAAGACAUCGACCCCCAGAGGAGCUACACUGCCCUCAACUACGGCGGCAUCUGCUACCUGGGCGGCUUUGAGCUGGGCAGGAGUGUCAGCCUGGUCACAGGAGGGCUCUUCCAGCAGGGCUUCGUGGGCAAGCUGAAGGACGUGGUGCUCUUCCAGGACUCCAAGAAGGUCCAGCUGAUGAAAGCAGAAGGGUUCAAUGUUCACAGUGGGAAUUAAGGGGGGAAGUGGGGAAAAGCUUCUAGAAGUGGUGACAGCCACGGGGCCACAAAUCCAUUCAGCCCCAAGGCUGGAACAGCCAAGCCAUGGAGUGUACCACAGGUGUGGCACUCCAGACCCAACCUCCUGCCCUUCUCCCACCCCCAAACCCAAAAGGACCAAGCCAUGGAGUGUACCACAGGUGUGGCACCCUGGACCCAACCUCCUGGCCUUCUCCUUGCUCUGCACCCCCCCAGAGCUGGAAGAACCAGGC